AUGUGCAAAAUACUACGCCAGAUCCCCCGUCGCUCGCUGCAGCUUACGCGCCGUGUACAGCACUUCUCCUCUCCCCCUGACGCGCAGCCUCCCUCCCGCAACUUCUACGACGAUCUCUCGCAGUAUGUUAAGCGGGUUCUGGAUCGGAGUGACCAAUUGAAACGCUAUGAAGAGCACAACGUGUUCCCACCGAACAACUGGGCAUUCCACAAUUAUUAUCUUUACGCUCAGCUCCAACUACCGUCCAAGACCGAGAUCGACGCCGUUGAGUUCCUCGACGGCGCUAAAUUCGCCUGCGACCGCGUUAUUAGAGCGAUGCACUCACCAGAAUUAAUGGACUUUGCCUCUGACAAGGCCCCCAAACCUCCGAUUGCUGAUGAGAUGGAGCAAAUGUUCGAGCCUACGUGCUACCAGGCCCAGUUUCUCCCUCGCGCAAAGAGACUUGGACUGGGAGUGUCCAGUCUUGAGCUGAAGGAGCUCGACUUUACCGGGGUAUACCUUAGCGGGGUCAAGCUCGAGAGAGUCACUCGUGCUAUGCUGAAGGCCGAGGAGAAGCUCCGAGCUGUGGCCUUGCAGGCGAUCGCCGAGCAGAAGCAGACGAUGAAACAGAUGCGAACUGAGAAGCUGGAGAGUGUGGAGGUGGAGCCGAAUGACGACUCGGAGACCUUUGAGAGGCUGCAGCUCAGUACGCUGAUUCGUACCACGCAGACGGUGGAGGUUGUAUCUGAGAAGACAGCGGAGCGUAUCACAGUAAAGAGCGACGUUAAGACCAUGAUGUGCUUUGAAUCCUUCGUGACCUAUCCGCAAGACGUUGACUGGCAAAUUAUGAAGAUGAACCAAUUCGGACGCGUAGUGAGCCACACUAAGGACUAA